GGUUCAUCAUCACUACCAUAAAAUAAUCAAACACUCCCACAAAAUCGUGAAUACAACACAAGAUUCGGCUGUUCUCUAUCUCCGAAUUAUAUACAUUCAUCUACAGUUUUCAACUGAGAGUGGAUUUACAAGAAAACUCCAAAUUAUCAAACUUUAUCCGUCGAUCGGUUUCAUUCUGCAGUUCUUCAGGUUUCUGUAUCCUUGAUUAAUUCGAAGGAAACGGGAUAGAUGCAAAAUGAGCAGUGCUACUGAGCUGCCAAACUCACCUGGAUUAACUAUAUUAGUUACAGAACCGAUUCGUUCUUUUCUGCUAUCAGCUUCCAGAGAACCAAACCUGUCUCUGCAACUACGAGAUCUUGCUUUGUUUCUUGUCACUCAAAAUAAUGUAUCAUACAAGUCUCUCCGCAGUAUUUGGAUUGCAUCUCCGCAGUCGACCAGACUGGACUUGAUGAGCCUCUUCUCAGGGUCUGAAUUCGUCUUCGCUAGUCCUAAACCUAGAGUAAAGAGUGAAGAGCUAAAGGCGAGACUGAGGAAACUCGAGGAACUGGCUGAGAGAAAGGCAUAUCAAGAGCUUGUUAAGGAUAUUACACCGAGGAAGAAUGAGAAUGAGCCUUUCUCUACUUACAAGGAUCAGCUUGGUUUUGGUUUACAUGUUGCCCUUAUCAUGUUUACCGGCUACUUAGUGGGAUAUGCAGCAUUCAGGGCAUUAUUUGGCCACAGCCCUGCAAUGAGUGCUGCCGGAGGCAUUCUUGGGUUAGUUUGCGGAAUGCUAGUCGAAACACUCCUUUUCAUUAUUACAACUUCACGUUCAGAAUCAUCAACUUCUACUUCCACUUCAAAGAAGAAGAACCAGUAAGGAGAGACUGUUUUAACCUGUUGGUUUUUCGAAUCAGCUUGCUGUGGUGCACUCGACUUGAAAGACGGUUGACGUUUUUAUGCAACGAUUUCAUCAGAAUACAUGCGGUCAGUGGGUGCAGAACAUUCCAGCAAAUGAGUUUUUGUUUCUUGUAAUAUUUAAGAACAAUUUUCAUAUCUUAUUUAUAGGCAUUUUAUUGACAAUGUAUAGCUUUCAUUUGAAAAUGAUACAUAUAUAUAUGUACAAGUAGACGUGUGCGCUUGAAUUCGAGUCUGCCCAAAUGAGAUUGAACCCA